CGGUGUCACAUGACGGCGGCAGCGGCGGGGCCGUCGGUGCGCGGUGCUGCCCGCGCUGCCCAGGGCCGCCCGCGGCCUCCUCUCGCUCCGAUUCUUUCCUUCCCUCCUUSGUUCCCUCACUCCCUGCACGGUCCCCGCCGACAGCGCGCCCCUGCGGUACAUUUUAAUUGUCAGUCAAGAUGGAUAUCCGAGGUGCUGUAGAUGCUGCUGUCCCAACAAACAUCAUUGCUGCCAAAGCUGCUGAAGUUCGGGCAAACAAAGUAAACUGGCAGUCGUAUCUCCAAGGUCAGAUGAUUUCAGGUGAAGACUGUGAAUUUAUUCAAAGAUUUGAACAGAAGAGAAGUCCAGAAGAAAAACAGGAGUUGUUGCAAACAGAAGGCAAUCAAUGUGCUAAAACAUUUAUAAACUUGAUGACUCAUAUCUCCAAGGAACAGACUGUUCAGUACAUUCUGACUAUGGUUGAUGAUAUGCUGCAAGAAAAUCAUCAGCGUGUUUGCAUCUUCUUUGAUUAUGCAAAACGUGGUAAAAACACUGCAUGGUCUUAUUUUCUGCCGAUGUUGAAUCGACAAGAUCUCUUCACUGUGCAUAUGGCAGCAAGAAUUAUUGCCAAACUGGCUGCUUGGGGGAGGGAGCUUAUGGAAGGCAGUGACUUGAACUACUAUUUCAACUGGAUUAAAACUCAGCUUAGUUCACAGAAACUACGUGGUACAGGGGGUUCUGUGGAYACAGGAACAGUCUCCACAAGUGAUAGUUCCCAGUAUGUGCAAUGUGUUGCUGGAUGUCUGCAGCUGAUGCUCAGGGUCAAYGAAUACCGCUUUGCAUGGGUAGAGGCAGAUGGAGUAAAUUGCAUCAUGGGCGUCUUGAGCAACAAAUGCGGUUUUCAGCUGCAGUACCAGAUGAUUUUCUGUGUGUGGCUGCUGGCAUUUAGCCCUCAAAUGUGUGAAUAUCUUCGUCGGUAUAAUAUUGUUCCUGUGCUGUCGGAUAUUCUUCAGGARUCUGUCAAAGAGAAAGUAACUAGAAUUAUCCUUGCAGCAUUUCGGAAUUUGUUAGAGAAAUCUACUGAGAGAGAAACUCGCCAAGAAUAUGCUCUUGCCAUGAUUCAGUGUAAGGUUUUAAAGCAGCUAGAGAAUUUGGAUCAGCAGAAAUACGAUGAUGAAGAUAUCAGUGAAGAUAUCAAAUUUCUACUGGACAAGCUUGGUGAGAGCGUGCAGGACCUUAGCUCCUUUGAUGAAUACAGUUCUGAGCUCAAGUCAGGAAGACUGGAGUGGAGUCCUGUGCACAAGUCUGAGAAGUUUUGGCGGGAGAAUGCUGUGAGACUAAAUGAGAAGAAUUAUGAACUACUCAAAAUCCUGACAAAACUUCUGGAGGUUUCUGAUGAUCCACAGGUGCUGGCUGUAGCUGCUCACGAUGUGGGAGAAUAUGUACGACACUAUCCCCGUGGGAAACGAGUGAUUGAACAACUUGGUGGUAAGCAACUGGUCAUGAACCACAUGCAUCACGAAGACCAACAAGUUCGUUACAAUGCACURCUGGCUGUGCAGAAGCUGAUGGUUCACAAUUGGGAAUACCUGGGGAAGCAGUUGCAGUCAGAACAACCUCAAACGGCCACCGCACGGAGCUAAACACUUCCGUCAUUUUGUGCAGUUCAUGCUUACAACUACAGUAUGUUUGUCUUAAGAUUAAUACAAAGGAAAUACGGAAAUCACGUGCUCUUUGUCUGCUACGGGUGUAUAAACAUUCCAACUUUCCUCUAGUGUUGUUGGCUUACUAAAAAUCUGUUUGUUCAACUAGUUCUGCUGAUUAUGCCUAUUAGCUUCUUGUUCUAUUCUGAAUGUAUAUGAAGAAAUGUGGCUAAUAUAUUGUAUUUGUUUUAUGUAUUUAUUCUCAUAAUAAAGAGUAUUAAUAAAGGAUA